AACUGACUAUGGAUCAAUCCACAGAUAAGGUUGCUGUCGUUGGGAUACAACAGUAAGACAGAUUCAAUCUGAGAAAUCGGGGAGAGAGAAAGAGAGGAUAAUCAGAAAAUCUGACGAGAAAUACCAGCGCAACCAUGGCGUCGUCCUCUGAUCAUCCUCAUGACAGAGAAAAUAAUUACGACCAUAACAAGCCCAACAGACCGGCCCUGAAGAUCGACACAUCCAUCACCGCACGUACUCCUACUAGUACCGCCGGCGCCAGCGGCGGCACUGAGGUCCCGUCUAGAGAGACGUCUUCCCCACCGCAAAGUGCCGUUAGCUCGAUGUCGACUGCAUCAUCCAUUCUGUCUAAUUCGUCGAGGGAGUUCACGCUGCAGCUCGUUCAUACCAAUGAGGCUGGUGGUGGUGAUCCCGACGACGAUAUCGUCAUUCUGAUGUGGCCUGUUACUCCUGUCUCGGCUCCAGCUCCUGCACCUUCUCCGGCUUCGCCGGUCAAUGAGACUGCUCCCGCUCAGGAUCAGGAUCAUGUCCAGGAAGUGGGUGAUGGGGGUGUCCAGAUAACUUGGUUCAACCAGGCAACUGUGGAGGAUAUCGUUACAGCUAUGGCUGAAAGUCUGAUCUCCAAUGUGCCGGGCGUUGAUUGUGACGAGGGUAAUGUCGACCAGAUGGAUCAGAGUACGUUUUCUGGUAGUACACUCACUAAUAGCGAGGGAGUCAACGACGACAUCCACCAGGAUACAGCGGUUAUUGAGCCCUGCGACCCUGAAUAUGACGCCGACACUUCGACUAACCUGGACGACGACAGUGACUAUGAGAUCGUCCAUGCCUUCUGGGAAAACGUUGUCCGCGACGGCCACGAUGAUGCUGUCGAGCACCAGGAGGGUCAUGGGCAUUCCGCGUCGUCGUCCGCUCAAGAGUGACUGAUUGAUGAAUGAACUCGCCCUGUCAGUCAGCUACCACCUCCUCAGUCCCGAUUGAGGAGUGUGGUAGCUGACUGACAGCGAGGAUCGCGUCUCGUGAAAAGUUCGCUCUUUGGCGUUUGGUUUUCUUUUCCGUUUUGGGUUGAGCGUGGAGUAAAGGGAGUUAAGGAUCAGAAGAAGGAAGAAUUUUUACAGACUUGCUUUAUUUUCUUAUGGAGUUGGAGUUGGUGGUGUUGUGUUGUUCAGCA